AUGGAACCCUUGUCGCCAUCGACAUCCCCGGAACCUCAAUCUCGUCCCUCAGGAUCAAAGCGAAAGCGCGAAGACGGAGAUGGAGAUGAGGACGAAGCACCCGCUACACAAACCAAGGCCGCAAAGCGCAAGAAGGCCAAGAAUGCAAAGAAGGCAAAGCAGCCCAAGGAUAUCGAGGAGGACGCUCUGGAUCUCGAGGCUGGAGUCAACCACGCCAUCGCCCACAUGGACAGCCAGUUGCUCGCCGAUCACGUUGCACAGCGUACCAAGCGCUUCCACAAUGAGUUGAGCGUCAUGGAGCUGGAGGACAUGCACAUCCCAUCACACGCAAUCGUGGAUACAACAUCAUGGGACAAGCCGCGCAACCUGGAAAAUAUACCCGCCUUCAUCGAGCAGUUCAAGGAUGAGAGAAGAAGCGACAAACCAGGCAAGACGCUGUCAGAUGCAGUCAAGCAAAAGUCAACACCACACACAAUCGUUAUUGCGGGCUCUGGUAUUCGCGCCGCCGAAUUGACAAGAGCUCUACGCAAAUUCCAGACCAAGGAUUCUUUCAUCGCAAAGCUGUUUGCCAAGCACAUCAAGUUGCAAGAGGCUAUCAAAAUGGUCAAGGAAAUAAAGAUUGGUAUGGGAGUUGGCACGCCGCAAAGACUGAUUGAUCUGUUUGAUGAUGGCGCCCUUUCAGCAGGUAGACUGGAGAGAAUCAUUAUUGAUGCUUCGCAUAUCGACUCGAAGAAGCGUGGUAUCCUUGAUAUGAAGGAUACGGAGAGUCCCCUGAUCAAGCUUCUUACAAGACCUAGCUUCAAGGAGAAGUACAACGAGGACAAGAUGAAGAAGAUUGAGCUGAUCUUCUACUGA